CCGAGCGUCGGUAACAGUAUUUGAGCAUCAUUCACGCAUUUUUGUUUUCAGUGGGAAGUCCCUACUUUCCUGUAUGAACCUCACUAAUAAAUCUCAACGGUUUGGUCGGGCGUCGAAAAAUUUUGCGGUCAUUCAUUAUACACAAUCCAAUCAUUUCAAGUGCAUCCACAUUCCAUCAUGGGAGUUUUGAGUUUAUUCACUGAUGCAAUUUAUUAUAUCAGUGAUCAAAAACAUGUUUUUAUUCGCGGGAAGAAGUGUUCAGUGAAAUAUAGUGACAAUAGGAAGUAUGCAGCACGUGUACUAGCAGUUUCCAGAAAUGAGGAAAUUUUGGUCAAAUUAAAGUCUACUGCAGAGGGUACAAUCGACGAAACUGGCGAGUACUGGGUGUGCUGCAGCCCAUCAGAACUAACUUACGCUCAAGUGUCCAAAGAAAUGGCUCAAGAUACAGGGAAUCGUUUUCUGUUCGUGGACAAGAGCGUUCUGCCUAACCCACUGAAUGGAGGAACCCGUAUUCGCGCUUUAACCGUGGAUCAUUUGGAUGAUCUGGAAGGAUUCUUUGAUCAUGCUUCAAAAUUCAUGAAACUGGAAAAAACUUCAAAUAUGAAUUCCUUAUCUCCAAUCGAGCCACUCAAUUUACCGCUCAUAAAUCCUGGAGAGAGUGAUGACAGGGAAGAAUCAUCAUCCAAGAUGGAGAACGACAAUUCUACAGUUUUUGUGGACCCUAGAAUCACCUGGACCGACGACGAGCGUUCAACAGUUCUAUCAGCCUUCAAUAAUAUGUUGAUGGUCGGAAAAAUUCCAUCAGGGGCUCAGAUGCAGACUCUCAUAUACAGCAAUAGCUGUUUGAAGCAUCGCACUGUCCCUCAAAUGAGAAGCUGGUUGCACACGCAGAAAACAAAAAAAAUCACCAAUGCUUCCACUGAAUCAAGUCAGAAAAGCAAAAAAAAAGUGCACGAAUCAUAUUCGGAUUCCCCAAAAAACACAAUAUCAUCAGAAUGUCCAUAUGAUCUCAACACCAUAAAGAAAAUUCUUCCGGUAUCUGGGGAGAUAGCCACGGGGACAUCAAUCGAGACGAACACUGAUGGCGAUGAUCUCAACAACAAUCGACCUGAAGUCGACUGCCAAACUAGCGACGUCCUUCAAGCUUUGAAGCUUCAUCGCAAUAUUUCAUCCUCUGAAACUAUUGCUUCUAAGCAAGUAUCCUCAUUCCACGUGAAUAAUACAGAUACCGAUGCCAUCUCCAAGGUAAAUGACUCACAUCUGAAGGUUCAAGAAACUAUCCUUCCUAUAUCAGACAUUCAUAAUGAUAUGAAGAAGGUCAACUACAACGCAACUGGUAACCAAUUGGAGCAGGUGACGAAUCCUCCCCCACCAGCUGCCGUCACAGGUUUCGAGGCUCUUCAGCCUUCGAUACCAGAUCUUCAGGCACCAGCCGUUGAGAUCAUGAAGCCUAUGUCCUUACCUCCACCUCAUACUAGUGAUAUAGCCGACAGUACCAUGAUUCGGAAGAACGUUCGAAAUGGCACUGAAAGAACCAUCGUGCCAACUUUAGUCGAAAUAGUUGCGAAGGUAUUGUCCACCCCCCAAAUCAAUAAAGAUCAAAGCGAUAAUACAUCGAUAAUGGAAACAUUUCAGGACGAAUAUCCAGGAGUCAAGGCAACACAGCAGUCGGUUGAAGAGCUGGAUUUGAAGAAAAGUGGAUACUCAAAUUCUCCUGUUCCACCAGAAAAAAUUGGGGAAACGGAAGGAACAAUAAUAUUAACUCCUUCAACCACACUGAAGUAUCAGAAAGAUGGAGACCGUCAACUUUCUACCAACAUCGAUGGACUACUGCAAUAUUCUAUUCCAGCUCCUGACGGAAUUCAAUUGUUGCCCAACGUGAAUUUCUCGCUGACUGAAACUCCUCUAAGCACCUCGGCAUUUGAGAAACUGGUGGAUAAUUUCAAUACCGGAAUAUCUGAGCAAGCAGAACGUAAAAUCAAUCCUUUCCAUUUUACGGUAUUCCAAGACAUCGAUUCAUAUCCUGCCUCUCCUCCUGGGGAAAUGCAUCCUGAUCAGCGAGCACCUUCCACAACGGAGUCGAUGGUGAAUGCUCCAAUCACAGCGAAGAAGGACCCAAAGCCACGCAAGAAUUGGAUAGAAAAAGUGGAAAUUAUCAACUUUCCCAAGGUCAAGAUAUUUCCUGAGACAAGGACAUCUACAAGCGCUAAACGUCAAUUACGUUUUCCUAAUGAGGACUCCCAGAAAAUCGAUGAAUCUCCCACUGAUGCAUUAGGAGACCCCGUGCAUCAUUCCACCAUGAAUGAACCUGAAAUAUCACCAAGCCUCAAGGGCAAUAUUGAGAGCAACAGAGAAGUGAUUCAGAGCGAUAGGGAAACUCAAUGGAGCGAAUCUGACGAAUCGAGGGAUGAUGGUGAUGAUGAUUACGUGCCAAGAGCAGAACCAUCAUCGGACGAAGACGGGGACAUGGAUCUAGUUUCGGAUGAGGAAGAUGUUGUUCAAAAUAAAGGCGUCACAAAACGAAACGUAUCUCGUGAAUCACUGAAUAUCACUUUGGGAGAUAAUCCAGUACUUUCUGCGCCAGAUGACAGAGAACUGAGGGUGGAUCCAGCUGCAUCGGUCACGAAAAAACAUUUUUGUUUGUAUUGUCAGAAAAUGCAAUCGAAACUAGCUAGACACAUAGAACACAAACAUCAUGAUGAGGAGGAUGUCAAAAAAUUUAUCCAGCUUCCCCCAAAGAGCAAGGAGAGGCAGCAAAUCAUUGCUACAAUCCGGAAGAAUGGAGACUAUUUGCACAAUACGGAUAAGAGAUAUAACACUGGAAAAUUGCUUGUUACCAGGCGACCUAAUAUCCGAAUGAAAAAAACUGCCGAAGAUUAUAUCACGUGUGGUAAUUGUAAAGGGCAAUACGCUAGGAGUGAUUUACGUCAUCAUUUCCGUCGGUGCACUAAGCGUGAUGGGAGACGCGAACGGGUUGCCAUGGUUAAAGGGAGGAAAAUCGCUGCUCGCGUAAACGAGAGGGCAAGUCGUGAUGUGAGAGCAUACAUUUUUCCUUACAUGCGUGAAGAUGAGGUGGUUCGUUGCAUUCGCUAUGAUUUGUUGAUCACAAUUUUUGCCAAUAAACAGUGCCAAAAAUAUGGCACUAAUCAUCAUUUGUACCAAAUGAUUAGAGCCAGACUACGUCUUCUAGGUCGAUUUCUAUUGACAAUAAGGUCAAUAGACAAUCGAAUUUCAGAAUUUUCUGAUAUUUUCAAUCCUCGGUUCUACGACAACUCCAUAGAAGCUGUUCGAGUAGUCGCAGGAUUUGAUGAAGUGAGCAGAACAUUUAAAACCCCAGCAGUUGCCUCUAAUUUGGGUACAUUAUUGAAGCAUGUAGGCGAUUGCUUGAGAUCUGAGUGCAUUAAGAUGGAGCAUGUUGAACAGCAGAGACGAGUUGAAGAUUUUCUAAAGUUAUUGUCCGAGGAUUUCGGAACCAGCAUCAAUCGAGUGGUUACCGAGACACAGACACGAAACAAUCGUCGAAAAGAAGUGAUUCUACCCACAACUGAGGACAUCAAAAAAUUAUUCAAUUUGAUCACAACUGAACGAUGUAAAUGUCUUUCCGAUCUCCAAGAAGGAUUUUCAUUUGAAGUUUGGAAUCAGCUAGGUAAAAUGUCCUUACUAUCUCUACAGAUAUUCAAUCGUCGUCGACCAGGGGAAACUGAACGAAUACUCCUAGAAGAUUUCCGCAGCUACAAAGGUCUGAAUCAUUCAGCAAACAAAGAAGCAUAUAAUGCUUUGAGUGAAGAGGGAAAACGACUAGCACAAAAGUAUGUCAGGUUUGAAAUCAGAGGAAAGCUUGGUCGAGGCGUACCGGUAUUAGUGGACAAUGAGGUACUGGAAUGUUUGGAACUCAUAAUUUCCCAUCGAGAACAGGCAGGUGUCCCACCAAAGAAUGACUACUUGUUUGGCUUGCCAUCAACAGAUAAGGAUCGUCUACGUUAUCAUAGGGCCUGUGACCUUAUGAGGGAAUAUUCCACAAAGUGUGGGGCUGAGAUUCCCAGCGCCUUACGUGGUACCCAACUAAGGAAACACAUUGCUACUAGAUGUAUAAACCUCAAUCUAACAAGAGGCGAGGUUACAGAUAUCGCAAAUUUUAUGGGCCACCAUGAAAAUAUUCACAAAAACAUUUAUCGCCAACCUGUGCUGGAAACAGAUAUUGUGAAGAUCUCGAAGAUUCUUAAUACUGCUCAAGGGUUUGGUGAAUCUGAUGAUUCAGAUGAUGAUGGUAUCCAUGUCCCAAGUACCUCGAGGCUGAGCUCCUCCCGCGGAGACAUCCAUGACGAACCCAGUACUUCCAGCAACGGUUUCACCGGCAAAUCUGAUCAAUCAUUCGGCCACUCCAGCCUCAAUCCUGCGACACCGAGACGAUGGAGCGAGAACCAACGGAAAACUGUAUUGUCUACGUUUAGGAAGAAGCUGGCUGCAGGAAAAAUUCCAACGGGAAUAGAAAUGCAGAAAGUCAUUGAUUCGAGUCCCUGUUUGAAAGGACGUACGGUGCCUCAGUUAAGAUCGUGGUUGCACACGCAGAAGAAGAAGAAUUCCAUGGGUUAAGAGUUGUUCUCUCCGUUUCCUUAGCUUUAAUUUUGAUAGUCAGUAAUGAUUAUUAUUUCUUCGAUGAAUGAUUUCUCCUUCAUUAUUUCUCAUAGUUCGAAAAGAAAUGCUCAUUGAGAAAAAAGUUGUGCAAGCUCAGACAAAGGGAGAAUGAUUUGGCAUUCCUCAUUCUCCAGUAUUUUCUACAUUUUUUUCUCUCCAUACUGGUAUGGAAAGAUAAUUAAUCGUUUCAUGUUUUACUCUUCAUUCGUUGUGAAUAACCAUAGAUAUUGUAAGAUUAGACGUUGAAAAAUACUGUAAUUUCUCUUUAAGUUCUCAUUCAGAGAAAAUAUAUCUAUGUUGCAGCGUUAAUAAAAAAAAUAUAUAUA